CGCUUCCCUCGUACAAGUUACAGGUCGCAAACACUCACCCAACAGAUUCCCAUGCAUAAAAUGCCACAAUAUCUCCUUCCCCCUCUCCGCCGUCAUCCCCAUAAUUGGUUUUUGACACUGGCAGACCAACACUCCACUAUAUGCAUGUAUGCGUACCUCGGCCUCAUUUCUUCUUGCCAGUUUCAUUCCAGCAUGACUUCGGCGCUCCUCCGCCCUCCUCAAUCCUCAGCCCUUUUCUUUGCCUGCAGGUAGCUUGCCUGCUCGCCGUCUGUCAUCUCGGCCGUCACCGUCUGAGCUCCUUCGGCUUGACGACCGAGCGUCCCAGGAACAGGAAAUGAGCCCGACAAAAGCAAUAACAGCCUCGACUCAACACCAAGGGUCCCGCUGUCUUAACACAGCACGUCAUGAUGCAUCCUAGCACUUAGCAGUCCUCUUAUCGAUUCGCUUUUCCCAUUUCAUGCUGUCGUCCAAAGUGAGGCUAUUUACCCCACAUCACGCAUAUCCAACCUAAUUUGCCUCCAUGUAUUGAUACUUGCGUACCAUGGCUGGCUGCCACGAUGCUCGCUUGCUAGGCGGCUGACUCAUCCACUGCACAAGCUAGCCCAGCCUAGCCUAACCUAGCCCAACAACCUCUUUGUUUCUUCACCUCUUCCCACACUGUCACCUCUCUUCCUCCUCCCAUCACCUAAUAAUCAUCCAUACAUCCGGGUGUCAUCAACCUGCUCAUGAGAGCCCCUCGAGCAUUACUCCGCCGAGGCCGCUCCCUCGCAGCCCAGUCGACCCCUCUCUGAUUCUGCAAGCUCGUCGGUUCGCCCCUUGAUCAUCAUGUCUGCGGAUCCCCGCCUGAGGUCGAGGGCUGCUGCCCAGCAGCAACAGCCCACCGCCGUCCCUCCCCCUCCCCCACCGCCUCCGUCCGACCCUCCUCCCAUGGGAUUGGAUGGCGCCGCCGACGCUUCAUCUGCGAAACCAGAGAAUGCCGUCGAUCCCAGAUCUAGCCUCCGCUUCUGCACCGUGUGCGCCAGUAACCAGAACAGGUCUAUGGAAGCACACCUGCAGCUCGCGUCGGCCAAUCUUCCAACCAUCUCCUUCGGCACUGGCUCUCUCGUGCGGUUGCCUGGUCCUAGCAUCACUCAGCCCAAUGUCUACCAAUUCAAUAGCACCACCUAUCGCCAGAUACACCAGGAGUUGAGCCAGCAAAACACUCAGCUGUACACUGCCAAUGGCCUGCUUAAUAUGCUCGGCCGCAAUCUCAACAUCAAAGGAUUCCCUGAGCGGUUCCAAGAUUGGGUUCCCGGCAAGUCGCGCCUCAACGAUCACAAGGAUGAUCAGGGAGCGGUCGGAACUGAGUCUGGCGUGGUUGAUGUUGUCAUCACAUGCGAGGAACGCUGCUUCGAUGCUGUGCUGGAAGAUUUGCACAACAAGGGGGGUAAGCUGAACCGCCCGGUCCAUGUCUUCAAUGUCGACAUCCGCGACAACCACGAGGAAGCCCUGGUCGGCGGCAAAGCCAUCCUCGAUCUUGCGUUGAGCCUCAACGAGGCUGCUGCCAAGGAGAAAGCAGUCCAUGGAGAUAACGGGUGGGACCGCGGCAGCGGCUCUGCACGAGAUGGCUUCGAUGAGCGUGUACCUGAAAUACUGGCAACGUGGCAGGGCAGGUGGCCGAACCUUCCAGCCUUGUGGAGUCUGGCAUGGAUUUAG